AUGUCCUCCUCCAGUCUCCAGGACCUAACGCUGUACAACCUUGAGAGGACGAUCACAGUGAAGGGUUCCAUCGAGGCGUGCUCCCGCGCCGAGGAGGAAGUCAUGAAGAAGGUCAGGGAGUCGUAUGAGAACGACGUGGCCGCUAUGAACGUAGGUCCUUGUUCUAACCCACUGGGGGCAUGGCACUCUGUGUUGGUGGAUCCAAAUAAUCUGGAGUAGUGUCCCAAAUGCCACCCUACUUCUACUUUUGUGCACUAUAUUGGGAAUAGGGUGUCAUUUGGGACUUAACCUGGGGAGAUCAUGGCUUGUUUAGGCUGUGCAGCUACCCACAUAAAUGUUUUUUAAAUAAAUGCACUUUGUAUAUGAGUGGUUUAUCCCGGAGAAAUGUUUCUGUUCUUGGUUAAUUUUGUCUGGUAGUAAAUCUUUCUCUCACUCUAUCAUCUCUCUCGCUCUCUCUAUACCCAGCUCCAGUCUAACCUGAUUCCAGGACUCAACCUGAAUGCCUUGGGUUUGUUCCCUGGUGGUGCUCCAGGUAUGGGCCCCUCCAUGGGACACAACGCCCCACCUCCUGGUGCCCAGGGUGGCUACUCCUCAUUCGGGGUGAGUGUCUGGACCUUCCCCCUCCUACCUCCCUGGGUCUACUUCACAGUGCCUCUUGGUGAUGCUUAAAGAUAUCCCCCUCCUUACAGAGCAGUUCUGCAAGAAGAAACCUACAACAGACAACCUCCGACUGAGAAGCCAUUUUGGAUCUUUCAGUGACCCUGUCUGUGUUCCUCUCUCCUUAUAGAGCAGCCAUUUGGGGGCAGGAAAGUGACUUGGUUUCGUGUUAUUCUCUCCUAUAGAGCAGUUCCUUCGGGGGCGAAGGGCCAUUGUGGGCGUCUGUGCUGUCGGCGAGCAGCCAGCCCCUCUCUGUAAGUCUCCAUUCUCACAGUGCUUUGCACGGCUGCUGGCUGCUGGAUUGGGUAAAAAGGCAGGGCUUGCCACAGCUAAGCCCCUCCCAGUAACCUAUGACCCCCAGGGAGGGCCUAACUCAUGUCUGUGUUCAUUUCUCUAAAACCUGCUGGGUGGUUGCCACAGUUUCUACUGGGUUUAGUUGGGCCUCAAAUCUUCAGCUGAAGAAAGUGCAGCAAUUGAACAUCUUGGCAUGUUUAGAAGGUUACAAAUGGUCGCAGAUGUUUCUAAAAGGGUACCUUUUCUAUUAGACAAUUUGAUCUGGAACAGCCUCCUGGUGAAAAGGUUUGUGCCCAUCUGGAGGCUUGUGAAUUUGAUCUAGGGUUGGAUUACUUUACCCCCAACUGAAGUGUAAUGAUUUGAUGGUGUCCUCUAGAUUAAAACCAGCAGCGCUGUCCCAAAUGGCACCCUAUUCCCUAUAGAGUGCACUACUUUUGACCAGAGCCCUAUGCGUGCACUAAAUGGGGAAUAGUAAUCCCUCCAGGAACAUGCCUCCCUGCCCCUUCAUCUAAAAGAUCUCACCCACUUCACUUCCCUCUAACACCAGCCAUGUGCAGUGAGCCCACGCGGUUUGCUACAGGUCAUCUUUAAUACAAUAAUCUGUUGGAAUGUGUGUGUGGAAGCGCUGGGGAGUGACUGAGCCGGGCCAAGCAUUCUGAAAGGGAUUAUCUGAUGGGUUCAGUUGCUGCAGAGAAAUGGAGAACCCUCUGGGAAUGCUGUUUACCUGAGCUAAGUGCUGGAUGCUACAGAUUUUCUCAUCUUUCUAGAGUCAGGGUCUCUUAUCCCCUGGGUGCGUCCCAAUAAUCUCUCCUUCCUCACUCGUUCACUACUCCCCACAAAUUUAAACGCAUUGGAUUGGUAUUGUCAUGGGCAGGAGGGAAUUUCCAUAUACCAGUCUUUAUCUUUCAAAACCAUGAAGGGAAGUGAACAAGUGCUCAAUUGGGGAGAAAAGAGAGCUAAUUGGGACAUGCUCCACGUUUGGAAGUUGAGGAGAUUUUGUUUAGUUGUAUUCAAUCUCUUCGAAUAUGUAUGUACAGUUCUUUCAUGGUUAUGCAGUGCUAUUGUGGUUCUAUAUGCUACUGAGGGGAUAAAGUUAAAUUGGGAUAGAUUUGACUGGUCUCCCUAGCAGUGUCCCAAAUGGCACCCUAUUCUCUAUAUAGUGCACUACUUUUGACCAGGGCUCAUAUGGUUCUGGUCAAAAGUAGUGUACUAAAGAGGGAAUAGGGUACCAUUUCGAACUCGAGCCCUGUGAGGCUGCUUCUUCCUGUGUCGCUGCAUCAGUUGCUUGGUCGCGGUCAACUGGGCUGCUAUCGCUGUUUGCCUGGUGUGGUCUCACUGUGGUCUCCUUACGGUCAGACUGGCUCUGUUGUGGUCUCCUUAUGGUUAGACUGGCUCUGUUGUGGUCUCCUUAUGGUCAGACUGGCUCUGUUGUGGUCUCCUUAUGGUCAGACUGGCUCUGUUGUGGUCUCCUUACGGUCAGACUGGCUCUGUUGUGGUCUCCUUAUGGUUAGACUGGCUCUGUUGUGGUCUCCUUAUGGUCAGACUGGCUCUGUUGUGGUCUCCUUACGGUCAGACUGGCUCUGUUGUGGUCUCCUUAUGGUUAGACUGGCUCUGUUGUGGUCUCCUUACGGUCAGACUGGCUCUGUUGUGGUCUCCUUAUGGUCAGACUGGCUCUGUUGUGGUCUCCUUAUGGUCAGACUGGCUCUGUUGUGGUCUCCUUAUGGUUAGACUGGCUCUGUUGUGGUCUCCUUACGGUCAGACUGGCUCUGUUGUGGUCUCCUUAUGGUUAGACUGGCUCUGUUGUGGUCUCCUUAUGGUUAGACUGGCUCUGUUGUGGUCUCCUUACGGUCGUGUGGCCUCUACUGUUCCACAGGGCCAGGGGCAGCCGGAGUCGGAGACGGUCCAUCUGUUCAUCCCGGCGCUGGCGGUCGGAGCAAUCAUCGGAAAACAGGGUCAACACAUCAAGCAGCUGUCACGCUACGCCGGAGCAUCCAUCAAGGUGAGGGACUUAACGGACCUGCAUCUCAAUAACCUAAAAUAGCCUCUUAUCUCAUGUAUUCUCCUUCACCUAUUCCCCCCCCCCCCCCCCCCCUCCAUUUUUAGAUCAGUGCAGAUGAAGUCAGCGUCGUAGAUGCAAACCAGGUAUUUAUUUUCACUUCAAACAUUCAGAUUCAUUUUCCGUGUUGUUACUUAUACCCAUCAAUCCUCUCAGAUCUCCACAACUGCAUAUGGGAGUAGAGCUCCGGUUCAGAUCGGGAUAGGGUGGCCCCUUCAGGCUGUUGUGAUGCACCCCUGAUGGGGUAAAGGGAAGCAGUGGGACGUGAUUAGAUCAGGUAAAGUGUGUUAACGUGUCAUGUCCCUCCCCUCAGGUAGCCCCUCCAGACGGCAUGGACACCAAGCAGAGGAUGGUGAUCAUCGCUGGACCACCAGAGGCCCAGUUCAAGGUAGGAGCCCUCAGGUCCUCUCGCUUUCUCCACCAGCCAUGCGGUUUCCAGUACCCAACGCACCAGAGGAAAAGUGUUGUCCUUUUCGCUCCCAGAAAUCCAGAGAACAAAAUCAUUUUAGUCAAACAGUUGACAACUAGCUAGCUGGCUAAAUCUGGCACAUUCACAUAUGUUCAUUGAUGUCAAUUGUCCCGGUCAAGUAAAUGAAAUAAUGAAGCUAUUUGAAGAUGAAGAUGCUUCAAUCGAGGGUUGUGGAAAUUCCUCUGGCUGACUCUUUGCCCUUUGUCCUGUUGCAGGCUCAGGGUCGUAUCUUUGGGAAGCUAAAGGAGGAGAACUUCUUUGGGCCGAAGGAGGAGGUGAAACUAGAGGCUCACAUCAAGGUGCCCUCCUUCGCUGCUGGACGUGUCAUAGGCAAGGGAGGAAAAACGGUACGCAGAGGCUUGGUCUCCUGUGUGUGACUACGGUUGCCAGAUGUAUUCUAAUUCUGCUCCUGAAAUAUUGAAAACACCACGUUAUUUUGGCUGUAAUAUCAUGGAUUUUUCUUAUUUCUAGUUUUCUCUACCUCUCGUAUCCUCCAAUCACCCUUUAUGAGUAAACAACAACCCACCAUCAAACAAACCAACCAAAAUCAAGGAAAACAACAAGCCACCACAAACACCAAUCCAACCCGUCCCAUCCAAACCCCUCUCCAACCCCCUCCAACCCCCCAUCCACCCUCCCUUCCACCCCCCUCUCCACCCUCCCCUCCAACCCCCUCUCCACCCUCCCCUCCAACCCCCUCUCCACCCUCCCCUCCAACCCCCUCUCCACCCUCCCCUCAAGGUGAAUUGAGCUGCUAGAACCUGACCAGUGCUGAGGUAGUGGUCCCCAGAGACCAGACGCCUGAUGAGAAUGACCAGGUCAUCGUCAAAAUCACUGGACACUUCUAUGCAAGCCAGGUAUGUUACUCUAAUCAAACUUUAUUUGAAGUGUUUUUUUAAAUUGCAACAUUGUGCAGUAUAACAAUAAUAAAGCAGAUCAAACUGAUGUUCUGAAAGGAUCAGAUGGGUUGAGCUAUCAUUUUCUGUCUGCUAGUGGCACUGAGUAAUAUCUGGCAGGGGGAGAGAGAAUGAGUCCAUAUUCAUCCCAGUCAGCGCCGGUCAGUGGGCUAAGAUGCAUGAAACUGACCAUUUGGAUUGUGCUGUAGGGUAGGGAUUAACAUGGGUAACAGGGAUCCUGGGACUGUCCCGGGAACACUUCACAUUUCCCCAAUAAAUGUAAUGACGAUGCAGGAAAUUACAAAAGUUUCCCCCAAUGUUGGCACUAAUGCAAUUCCACAAAAUACACAACAUGAGCAGCAUCAUAUUAGCAAAAAAAAAAAAAAGGUUGUCCCAUGGAAGCCUUUAGCCUAGCAUAUUUAAUUCACACAAAAUCGGCAUUAAUUCAAAGUACACACAUUGACACUACAGUUCAUAAACCCUACAGGAAACGCCUGCAGUAUAACCUAUAGAAGGUGUGCCUCUGAGCUGUCAUUGUGACUCUGCAGACAGUCACGUGAUGGGUCUAUGCACAAUUCACUACAUAUGCAUCUCGGUCACAGACAUGAAGUCUGUUAGCAUUUUCCCUCAUGCCUCUGAAUUGUUAUCUUCUCCUGUCCUAGACUCUAGGCUAUUUUCCUAUCCAAUUCCGCUGUAACCCAAAAUCCUGACUCCUGUCUCGCAUGAAAAUUCCUAACUUUAUUCUGUUAUAUAUGUAUCUAUGUGUGUGUAAGUAUGUAUGUAUGUAUGUAUGUAUGUAUGUAUGUAUGUAUGUUGCAUUAUCAAAGCACACCUCUCGCCUAUGCAUGACAAAAUACCACUAACAUUUCCCCCGUACUUGAAAGUUUCGGUAGAGAUUGUGUGAUCAACAAACGGUAUGAGAGUAGAUAUGGAUAUUUUUAAAACAGAGUUGGACCCCGUUAAAAUACCUUGAUAUUUAAACUAUUUUCACUCUUCACCCCAGUUAUUCAUGAGCUGAUCUGCUAUCUGUAUAAUCAAAUAUAGGAGGUAUUCUGUCAUUCCUUGGAGGUUAUCUAGCAAGCUUAGCAACUUUUGUCAUUUGACUGACGUUACGUUUGUAUGAUUCGCCAACACUAUACUCUGGGUGUGUCCUGAGUGCGCUCUGUGUCGAAAUCGCCUACUGCUGAAUUGAGGAACACGAUAACGCUCGGAAUUCAUGAACGGCCUGUUUCACAAUUCACAACAAUGUAAUUGCUGAUCAAAGAUAGUUACUCUAUCAUUACUAUAUCUCAGUUUAAUUUGCUCAGAUCUUUACUUUGUGGUCAAGCCGACAAGGCGGCGCAGUGCCCAUCUUAUUUGGGGAGAACCGUGGCAUGGUGACCAUACCUUGGUUUUAAACGCUUUAAAUGGGCACUUCUGAUUUGAGGGAUUUCCCGGGACUCUCGUGAUAAAUAUGAAUUAUUCCCGGUAUUGAAACUUGGUAGAUUCUCUGGAAAAUAUGAAUCCCUACUGGAUAAAGGAAGUAUAGUUGUGUGCUGUAGGGUUCCCAAACCUUUUUUUACUCAUCCCCCCUUCCAGCAUUGGGGAACAUCCUGCGCCCCCCUGUGCGUGCGCAUGCACGCACCACGUCUAUUUCUAUGGGCACAAGCACUGUUCAUGGCAAACUGUUCACACCCCUCAUGUUGCAGGUUCAAAGCUUAUUUCCUGCAAUUAUAUACAUUUUACCAUGUCUAAUGUGUAUUCGUGUGAUAUUUGAGUGACUCAAACAUUACUACAAUCUAUGGGCUAAAAAACUAGCUAGAAAAACGUUAGCUGACAUGGGCUAGUUGAUCUGGACAUUUCUGACAAGUUAUAAAUAGCUCUCUAAGGUAUGCAAUGACUGACAUGACAAGAGGAAAACUGAUGAUGAUGCACUGCCCAAUUUAGAAAAUGCAGCUUGUGCAACUUUCAAGACUAAGUUGAAAGCUGGACUGAGUUCCUUAAAGAAACCAUUGGGGAACCACUGCGUAGGGGAAAGGGAGUACAGAUGGGUUGUUAAAUCUUGGUAAAGCCAACAGAUGUGGUUUGAGUAAAAUGUACAAUGUCGGCUUCUUUAUGUAAGGAUUGUCCACCAUACUGCUUCACAUCUGUGUAGCAUGUAUCAAUAGCUGCAUCUGAAAUGGCACCCUAUUCCUUAUAAAGGGCACUACUUUUGACCAGGGCCAUGCACAAAAGUAUUCAGACCCCUUGGAUUUCGUCACAUUUUGUUACAAAGUGGGAUUAAAAUUCUACAAAAAAAUUUUUCCUGAGGUCUUGGCUGAUUUCUUUUGAUUUUCCCAUGAUGUCAAGCAAAGAGGCACUGAGUUUGAAGGUAGGCCUUGAGAUACAUCCACAGGUACACCUCGUAUUGACUCAAAUGAUGUCAAUUAGCCUAUCAGAAGCUUCUAAAGCCAUGACAUCAUUUUCUGGAAUUUUCCAAGCUGUUUAAAGGCAGUCAACUUAGUGUAUGUAAACUUCUGACCCACUGGAACUUCCGACUUCAACUGUACAUACAGUACCAGUCAAAAGUUUGGACACACCUACUCAUUCAACGGUUUUUCUUAAUUUUUACUAUUUUCUACAUUGUAGAAUAAUAGUGAAGACAUCAAAACUAUGAAAUAACACAUAUGGAAUCAUGUAGUAACCAUGAAAAUGUUAAAUCAAAAUAUAUUUUAUAUUUGAGAUUCUUCAAAGUAGCCACCCUUUGCCUUGAUGACAGCUUUGCACACACUUGGCAUUCUCUCAACUAGCUUCACCUGGAACGUGCAAGAUUGUGCAAAGCUGUCAUCAAGGCAAAGGGUGGCUACUUUGAAGAAUCUCAAAUAUAAAAUAUAUUUUGAUUUAACAUUUUCAUGGUUACUACAUGAUUCCAUAUGUGUUAUUUCAUAGUUUUGAUGUCUUCACUAUUAUUCUACAAUGUAGAAAAUAGUAAAAAUUAAGAAAAACCGUUGAAUGAGUAGGUGUGUCCAAACAUUUGACAGACUCAUAUACAAAGACCAGGGAGCUGUUUUUGAAAGUCUCAUAAAGAAGGGCAGUAAUUGGUAGAUGGUUAACAAUAACAAAUCAGACAUUGAAUAUCUCUUUAAGCAUGAUAAAGUUGAUAAUUAUGCUGUGGAUGAUGUAUUAAACCACCCAGACACAUCAAAGAUGAAGCCGUCCUUCUGAACUGAGGUGCAGGACCGGAAUUAAACUCCUUAGGGAUGUCACCAUGAGGCCAUUGGUGAUUUUAAAACAGCUACAGAGUUCGAUGGCUGUGAUGGGAGAACUGAGGACGGAUCAACAUUAUAGUGGCUCUACAAUAAUGACCUCAAUGACAGAGUGAAAAGAACCCAAAUUAAAAUGAUUCCUAACAUGCAUAUUGUAUGCAACAAGGCACUAAAGUAAUACUGCAGAAAAACAUGGCAAAGGAAUACACUUUUUGGCUUAAAUGCAAAGCCCUAUGUUUGGGGCAAAUCCAACACAAUGCAUCACUGAGUAACAGUCUCCUUAUUUUGAAGCAUGGUGGCUGCAUCAUGGUAUGGGUAUGCUUGACAUCUGUAAAUACUAGGGAGUUUUUCAGGAUAAAAAUAAACUGGAUAGGGCUAAGCACUGGCGCAAUCCUAGAGGAAAACCUGCUUCAGUCUGCUCUAAACCAGACACUGGGAGUGGAAUUCACCUUUCAGCAGGACAAUAACCUACAACACAAGGCCAGAUCUACACGGGUUGCCAACCAAUAAGACUGUGAAUGUUCCGAGGUAGCCAAGUUAGUUUUGACUUAAAUCUGUUUGAAAUACUUUGGCAAUACUUCAAAAUGGCUGUCUAGCCAUGACCCCCAACAUCUUGACAGAGCUUGAAGAAUUUUGAAAAGAAUAUUGUGCGAAUAUUGUACAAUCCAGAUGUGCAAAGCUCUUAGACUUACCCAAGAAGACUCACAGCUGUAAUCGCUGCCAAAGGUGUUUCUAACAUGAAUGGACUCAGGAAACUGAAUACUAAUGCAACGAUUAUUUUAUUUAGAAUUGUUGUAUUAAUCUUUUAAAAAUGCUAGAAUGUUUCUAUUUUGUGUAGAUUGUUGACAAAUCCAUUGUAAUCCCACUUUGUAACACAAUGUGAAGAAAUCCAAGGGGUCUGAAUACUUUUGCAAGGCACUGUAUAUAUAAGGAAUAGGAUGCCAUUCAGUACUAUAGGGUGCUAUUUCAGAAGCCGCCACGUUAACCUUUCUGCUUGAUUAAUUCUUAAUUCUACUCACCUUAGAAGCAAUGGAUGUGUGCAUGCCAGUGUUAGAUGAGGUUCCUGACCUUUGCCCUUUGACCCCUCCCCAGCUGGCCCAGAGGAAGAUCCAGGAGAUAUUGUCCCAGGUGAGACGGCAACAACAGCCCAAACCCUCGCCCCGCGGGGAGGGGCCGACCCUCGCCCGCCCCUCCCGGAAGUAGACGGGGGGCCAGUGACUGAACCGCCUGAAGACAAAGCAGAGACCAGAGGGGAAACACGGGCAUCAAGGGUCAUGGGUACCCUACUGUACACCCCCACCCCCCUCUCAGUGACCUCCUCGACCGACACACCACAGUGUGGAUAAGACCUUAAACCCCCCACCCCCCCAUCACCUCACCUCUCUGAGAAUGUAUUUCAGGGGGUUCCAACGUUGUCACACACCCUCUCACCACACGGAUGGGUCCUGAUUGGUUCCUCAUUCGUUUAAGAAAGAAAUAAGAAUUAUCCCCUUCCCUGGUGUGGUAACACUCAACCACCUCACAUGUUGAUGACAGGUGUUCAUUUUGACACAAGUUUCAGUUUUUACCUUUUUUUAUUUAGUAUUUUGUUUUUCGCCCUGGAUGAGGUGUUUGUUUAAUUGGUUGAUGAAGCUUUCUCUCCUGAGUUUUCUGUGGCAAGAAAAAGGCAUUGCUUGGAGUCCUGGUAGGAUGAUGAGAGGGGGGAGGGGUUUAGAUGGAGUGGCAGGGCUAGGGGUAAUACUCUUGUUUGAUUGGACAGGGGCCCCGGUGGUGGUUUAACCGGGUGCCCCUGUGCCGGUGUUGAUAGUGGCAUUUUAUAAAUUCGGAUGCAUUUUAUAGAUAUAUAAAUAUAUUUAGAGUUGAGGAUAACACUGUCGUUAACACUUAAGGGACGUGUUGAACAGUGUUGGCCAGGAAAACCAAUUUAAUAUGCAUUUUACUGAACUACCUCAGGAUCUCUAGUACCUCAAGAAGAUGAAGAUUAAAAAUAAAAAUAAAAAUGGAUUAUAUAUAUAUAUAAUAUAUAUAUGAGAAAAACAGUUAUUUUAUUUUUUAUUUUGCUUUGUGGUAUUUUGUAUACUUUAUAAAGCUAAUAGUUCUUGAACAUUUUUAUUUUUUUAAGAAAAUUAAACAUUUGGUCGGCUGCCAACUGACCUUGCCUUCAACUCUAGCGCUCUCCGGCGGCAUCAACGUGUACGAUGUCUGUGUGUGACGACGGUGGCCCUGUACAUAAAGUCUGUCUGUACACACUGCCCAGGGCAGAGUUGGGGCCCUACUCAGUUGGCUGUUGAUUGGAGUAUCGAGAGAAAAUAAAUCGCCUCAGUUUUCCUGAUGAAUCCACCAUCUUCUGAAAACUACAAAAAAUAACGACUAUAUUAGAGUAAUGCCGAUUCAUGCCAACCGUACAUACUGCAGCGACGCCGUUUCGUUUUGGGGUUCUGACACUUAUUGUUGAUGGUACGUUUAAUUUUUCACACUUAAUGUUUUUUCUUCUGCCUUCUGCAAUGGGAUAGCACGCAAUGGAUGGGCCUGAGCACUGAGUUCUCUAUGUAGCCAUCAUAGAAAUAGACAUGGAAGAGCUGUUGGUCUGUUGGUUGUAUUUCUGUUACCUGUUUAGGCCUUGAACCAUCAUCAUAGUCUGAAAUGGCACCCUAUUUCCCAUAGUGCUCCAAGUUGUGCAAUGGGGAAUAGGGUGCAAUUUGGAAGUUACCCCAGGGUUCUGACAGGCUAAAGUGCAGUCCACAGCCUGACUAGGUUUUAUUUAAUUUUUUUCAUAGAGCGAGCUUGGCCAUGUGUGGUGGCCCCAGUAGCCACCAAGUUGGUCUGUUAGUGUCAUUCACUGCAUGGUGAAGGUAGGGGGGAUUCACACUGAUGGAUGCUUUUAUUGCUAUAGAAUCUACUGUAACUGUUUAACCAGCAGCAGCAGCUGUAACCUUGAUUUGAAGUGAGAGAACGCAGUUAAAAUUAGUAUUCAUUACAAAAAGCCAAGAGGCACACAAAAACAUUUACUAAAUAAACCCUGAUUGGGACGAGGAAUAUCAGUUUAAAAAAUCCAACGACGAAAUACUAUACCAAGUUUAUCCUUUUUUUUAUGCAGAAUGUAAAUGUUUUGAUUUUGGUAAAAGUGUUUGAGUGUAUUCAUUCUUCCACAAUAGAACGCCGUCUACCUCAGCUGAGGGGGGGUUUGUGGCGGCAUGCGCCCUCACCCCGCCUAGCGCCCACGCGCUCGCUGCGAUACCUCAGUCCCCCGCAACACUUCUCUGCAUGGGCGCGUGCGUGCUCACGCAGUCCAACCUCGCGCUUACGUACAUGAGGGGCACAAGUGACGUUUAUUCCCCCCUCCUCCCUCACCCCUUCCUCAUCCUCUGUUUUUUGAUCUACCUCUUUAGACAUACAUUUGAAUUAGAGGCAUACUUCUAUUUGUUAGAUUUAGCGUUCUUCUCCCGCUCCCCCUUCCGCUUUCCCAGAUAUUAAUGAAAAUAAACAAAUCAUGUUGUACUCUCUUAGAAUUUAAACGAAUAAUCGAAAAGUGAUCAGAAAUAUUUCCUUUGCCAGCAUUUAUAUAAUCUACUCUUCUAGUUUAGUUGAUUGAAAAUCCUCAAACGUUGCUUUUUUCUGCUUUUAUUUUUGGUAGUGUGGCUUCCAUGUAUUUAACUUUCUUGCUUGGGUUUUUUGUGAAAAAAGAUCAUUCACCCGUAAUUUGUUUUUGAUUCAAUGAAUGGAUGAUAAGUAAAAAUAAUUAUUAAAACUGAAGAAGAAGAAAAGGCCUGCCUUUUUUGUUUCUGGUUUAUGAGACUAACAAUAAAUACUGUCUUUCUUACCUUUGUCUUCAUGGAUGCUACAUUAAUUUGAUAGCGAUUUGUUCUGUUAGCAUUUUCUUAGCUGUGUAACAUGGAAAAUCAUGUUUGUGGGGAAAGUGGAGGGACUGGGUUUGGGAGUCCGUUUUUGGAAAAGUGGUCUGAUUUAACCAUGAUUCCCCCCCUCCCCUGCCCCCUCUCUACGACCAUGCUUGUGCCCCUUCACCCCCAUCACGCAGCUCCACUUGUCAAACGCCUCUGAAUAAAAUAAAAAAGUGAAAUUGGC